CCGCCGGGCCAAAAUGGCGGCGUCCAGUCGCCUUCAGGUGCUCGCCUUGUACCGGGCCAUGCUGAGGGAGAGCUACAAAUUCAGCGCCUACAGCUACAGAAUGUAUGCCAUCAGAAGGAUAAGAGAUGCCUUCAGAGAAAACAGACACGUAAAGGAUCCUCCACAAAUUCAGAUUCUCCUGAAUAAAGCCAGGAAAGACCUAGAAAUAAUUCAGCGACAGGUCCACAUCGGUCAACUAUAUUCAACCGACAAGCUUGUCGUCGAGAAUCGAGAGAGACCUUCCACCUAAGCCGAGCCCGGUGAUCCCGCAGUGGCAGCAGCCACGCCACGGACCAGCAUCGCCCGUCGGCGCCCAGAAAUGUUCCCAGCGUGGACCACGCGUGGCCUGCGACGCAGCAUCGUAUACUAGUUAGAACUCUCAUUCGUGAGAAGCUGAUUAUCCGCGAAACCCGCUUCCAUCGUUUUGCAAGCCAAGGGGUACAGAGUGACCGUCUCGUGGCUCACGGGCUAGGCUACGGAGCUAGAGUUCUGUGGAAAUAAUGCUACGCGUUAUUUUUCCAUCUCGUUUGUGAUUUUUUUGCCUCUGGUAAAGAAUAUUUUCAGGCUUUUGUUUCUUGGUCUCGUUUGGCAAUAAACGAAGAAAAAAGUACGAUA